CCGCUCGCCACUCUCCCAACAAUCACGCGUUCCUCUGCAGUGCCCGCAUACGGUUCUGCAAAGACAGAGUUUGCCAACCGGAGCCUCUUCUAGCGUCAAACGGAACAGCAUAUGUUUUGAUUUCCAAAUGCUAAGUCACCAAUAACAACGCCAUCAACAUGACUCCUAAAAUUAGAAAUUAAAAAGUCAGUCCGUAAUGGUCCAAGCCCAAGCCUCUCCAAGCCGAGCCGUGUGGGCUCCCCAAUUCCCGACGCAAGUUAACCAUGCCAACGUAACCUCCACGCGCUUUCGCCCCCGGCGACCUCACCGUACCUUCCUACACAUGCGGCUCACGCGUCUGUCAACAGCCGGCGCAUCAUCGCCGCUCAUGUUCUCCCUCACACCGACGCAACUUCUUCUCCUUGUUCCGUAUUUGCCCCUAAAACCCAUCCCUAUCUACCACAAACCCAAACCCACAACCACAUCUCUACAUCUAUCUCUGUUUCACCGACCCACCUCCAUCAACGACGAUGGGUGACCUCACCGAUUCUCUCCCCCCCUCCACCGCCCCUCAGCGUUCAGCCCCCUUUCGCGAGGAUUGCUGGAGCGAGGACGCCACUUCCACUCUUGUCGACGCCUGGGGCCGCCGUUACAUAGAACUCAAUCGCGGUAACCUCCGUCAGAAGGACUGGCAGGAGGUGGCUGAUGCCGUUAACGCACGUCAUGGCCAUGUGAAGAAGGCUCGCCGGACGGAUGUUCAAUGUAAGAACCGUAUCGACACCAUUAAGAAAAAGUACAAGAUCGAGAAAGCUAGGGUUACCACUUCCAAUGGAGCCCUAACCAGUUCCUGGCCUUUCUUUUCCCGCUUGGAUGCCCUAAUCGGACCCACCUUGUCCGCAAAGAAGCCUUCCUCGGCUUCUCCGCCAUUAGCCCUUCCUUUGCCCUACUGGAAGACGCCUUCUCCGGCAGCCCCAUCGGCGUCCGUUGGGGCUCUGCCGCAGAAACGCCCGAUGCCGGCUGUUGAUGAUUCGUAUUUUCGCCGCAACUAUUCGGCCGUUGCAGCGGCGGCAGCGGCAGAGGCAGUGGACGAGGACGAUGACGAGGAAGAGGAGGAAGAAGAGUCGAGGUGGAGCGCUGAGCGCAGUGGGGACGUAGAUGGGAUGAGGCAGUUGGCGCGGGCAAUAGAGAGGUUUGGGGAAGUAUAUGAGAAAGUGGAGGCAGAGAAGCAGAAGCAGAUGUUUGAAUUGGAGAAGCAGCGAAUGCAGUUUGCGAAGGAUGUGGAGUUUCAGAGGAUGAAGAUGUUCAUGGACACCCAGGUUCAGCUUGAGAAGAUCAAGCGAGCCAAGAGGUCGGGUUUGAAUGAUUUGUUGUUCCUUUUUACAGACAUUUAUAGCUAGCCCUGUGGAAGAAAAGCUUGCGAAUAUCAACUGGAUUUUCAUAUUUAUCCCUACAAAGUACAUAGACGUGCUGCUGAGUUUGUGAGAUGGGAAAUAUGGUAACAGUGAUAGUGCUCACAUCAGCAAAUUAGCGGCCGACAAGGUUGUUAGUAUUCUACUGAAUCAUAUACAUUCCUUUGUUCUUGCCUUUACUUUUUUUUUUUUUCCUUUUUACUUGUUAUUUAUAAUGGGCAGUUCCCUUUGUUAACUCGUUGCCAUACUCAGAGUGAUGCCUGAGUUUGGUCUAAUUGUCCUUGAUUUAAUGUUAAUACCCUCUUAAUUUGGAACUUGGUUUUCUAGUUUGACUUUCAUUGCCAUAUUCAAGGUUAGAUUUGCUCAGAAGAUUUUAUUUUUUGAACACCACUAGGGUUUGGUGUUGGAACCUAAUACGCAAUAUCAUUCAUUUCCUAUUGAUGAUGAAGGUGCUACUUAUAAAUCCCAAAUUUUAAAUUUUGUAUAUGCAUGUCACUGAUUCCACAUUAAGCAUCUCAUUGUAACUGAUUUCUUUGCAGAUCAGAAAUUGAAAGAAUCUUUUCUCAAGUCCCCUCUUGACCUGGUCCAGGGUUCCUUGGGGCUUGUGAAAUUUCUAUUUGGAUUUUAUUGAUGGCUUGGGCUUGGAUCAGGGGUAGUCUUACCAUUUUCUCUUUUCUCUUUUUCUUCUUCUCACUUUCGGGUGCUAUCUAUAUACUACUUGUGUAUUUGGGUAGUGCCUCAUUUGGAAAGGUGUUGCUAUCUAUACUUGUCGUGUUCAUGGGUUGUGCCUCAUUUGGGAAGGUUUUGCUGUCUAUAUAUUUCUUGUGUACA